AUGGAAGAGUUACAAGUUUAUGAAGAGAUGAUAAAACUUAAAUAAAAUAUCACUCUUAAUGAAUUAGGGGCAGAAUAAGUAUUUUGGCUAAGCGAAAAGAAAGAUCCUUAUUCUUAAGUUAUUCUAUAAUUAAAUUAUAUUUAUAAAUAAAUAUGUCCUGUAAAAAAAUUUGAACUUAUUGGAAAACUUAAAUAUACUAUUUGCAAGGUAUAAUUCAAAUAUAUCAUAAGUGUUUGGAUGAAUAUUAUAGUGAGCAUCCUAUGGAAAAAUAAAAAGGAAUAUAAGUUGAUAGUGAUCACUUUUUAAUAAUUUUGAUUUACACUUUGAUUAGAUAAAAUUAACCUAAUUUCUUGAUUCAUCUUAAAUUCAUAUAAUUUACAAUGUCAAAAGAAAUCGGUAAUUCAAUAGUUUUUAUAAAUCUUUUUAGAAAUAGAUAGAGGAUAAAAUUCUUGGGUUUUUGUAAGUCUCCUUGCAGCUGUUACAUAAAUUUAAGAAAAAGACAUGUGCAGAGAUAAUUUAUAAAAUUGUCUAGAAACUGUCAUUUAGAGCUAAUAUAUAGUUGAAGGAAUAUGA